CCAUUGUGCAGCUCUAGUGCGACAUAAAUAGAGUACUACCUACUUUAACGUGUUUCAAGUCUCUUACCUAAUUUUUAACUUCUUCCCCUUUUUCAGAACAGUUAGAGAUAGAAAUGAAGCACCAUACGGGAUCAAAAAUACAAAUCCAGUAUUCUCUGUUUGUGGGCGACGAGAAAGAUAUCAUUCAUACCAUCCAUUUGAAAGUGCCCUCGACUUUCACGGCUUUCCAAGUGAUGCAGUCAGCAGAAGUGGAAGAUCCUAAGUACAAAUUCCAAUGGAAAAAAGUUUUUGAUAAAAUUGAUGUGUACAAAGUUGCUCAAAUAUCGAACGAUCCUGAAAUUGGAAAAUUUUGGCUGUUGUUUCAUGGCACAGGAAAAACAGAUGUUCUCAAUCAUUCUUUCACAAGUCCAGAUAAACUCAAACUGGAAGAGGGUAGUCAUCUUGUUCUAUGGUAUAAAAGUGUAGAUGUCUGAUGCAAAUCUGCUACAACACAAAAAAAUAUUUUUCUAGGAUU